AUGAUCGUGGGAGCGGCAGGGAUCGUCUAUGCGAAUAUCAUCUAUCAGGAGUACAUCAUCAAGUCUUUCCACAAAUAUCCCGAAGAGGUUGCUAGAAAGCUACGGAGGGCGCUCUACUACACAAACUACGACUUGAAUCCACAAGAGGCGCUCAAGUACUACAAGCAGGCACUGCAGGUUGCUUCUGAGAUUGGCAUGGAUCCAGUUGGCGAUGAGAUCAUGGGAGUCAAGAUUCAGGUAGCCAAGUUGAUGGAAGACAUUCAGCAGUAUCCCAACGCUAUACAGAUCCUCGAGGCUGUUCGUGGUUCCAACCUGUUGUGGCUGGAGAAGUUUGGCAAUCUUCCUGAGAACAAGGAAAGAAGGACAAAGGUUCUGGGGAAGACUGUAGGCGUGUCUGUCAAACUGGGAGAGUUGUACGGCACGCCAGAAGUCUGGGACCGGGAAAUGGCCCAAGAGAGGCUGAUCUGGGCCGUUGAAACCGUUCUGAAGGAGAAGCAACGAAGAGAGAGUGCAAAGGUCAAGGAGGAGGAGGAGGGGCCUUGGAUGAACGACGAGGAGAUCGGUGCCACCCUCGAGUCGCUCGCACAUAGCUACGAGGCCAAGGACCAGCACUACCUCGCAACGCCGCUCUUCUUGCAGGCUCUUACCCUCCAUCCGACCAAAGACUGCCAUUCAGUUGUGUUGAUGAACAACCUCGCCUCCAGUCUGGCUCAACAGUCUCCUCGCAUGGCACGCGAAGCUCAAGCUUAUGCAACAUCCCAGAACGUCAACACAAGACCUAGCGGACCAGCAGCGACAAAGGAGACCAUGCUAGAGAACGCGAGAACGUGGGCACAGAAAGCACUUGAGGUGGCAGGAACCAUCAAACCCCCACUUAGGACAGAGGAAUGUGAUGUUGGCUGCGCCGUGGCCCUUCACAACCUCGGCGAGUUCGCAGAAAUGGCCAAGGAUACAGACCUCGCGAAACGCCAGUACAAGGAGGCCGUCUCUCUCGCGCGGGCGAUUGGCUUUGAAGAAGGGGUUGCGCAAAGCUCUGAAAGGCUGAGAGCACUUUCGAGCACUGGUUGA